AUGGCUUCGAUGCCAGAAAAAUACGAGGGUGACCCCGACGUCAAGAAUGAGGGAAGCCGCUCUCCUCCCUCGAGUGUCGCCGAGGCUGUGGGUAUCAAUGAAAAGGCAUUGCUGCGGAAACUUGACUAUCGGCUUCUGCCACCACUCACACUACUGUAUUUACUCUCUUUUCUGGACCGCAGCAAUGUGGGGAAUGCGCGUCUAGAAGGAAUGACAGAUGAUAUCAAUAUGUCAGGAGAUCAAUACCUCACCGGAUUGACACUCUAUUUCGUCGGAUAUGUCCUCUUUGAGCUGCCCUGCAACAUCGUCCUGAAGAAUACCACCCCGAGACAGUGGCUCCCGACAUUGACUCUCAUCUGGGGUGUGGUCGCUACUCUAUUGGGAGUUGUACAGAACUACCCAGGGUAUCUGUCAUCAAGGUUCUUUCUCGGUGUGGCGGAAAGUGGCCUCUUCCCAGGGGUUGUCUUCUAUCUGUCUAUGUGGUACAAACGCAAUGAGCAGCAUUAUCGAGUGGCUCUCUUUUUUAGUGCUGCUUCACUAGCAGGUGCUUUUGGUGGUAUUCUUGCUUGGGCAAUAGCUCACAUGAAGGGUGUUGGCGGCCUAAAUGGAUGGCGCUGGAUUUUCAUCCUGGAAGGAUUGUUGACUGUUCUUGUUUCGAUCCUCGCCUACUUCUGGGUAUACAACUAUCCAUCCACGGCCGAAUUUCUGUCAGAGGAAGAGCGACGAUUUAUCCAAUUUCGCCUGAAGAAUGACAGUGAUGCUACUUUUGAUGAAAAGUUCACCUGGUCCGCAGUGCUAGAUGCAAUCAAGGACCCCAAGGUCUGGCUUUAUGGGUUAGGGUUCCACACCAUGUCUCUUCCCCUAUACACACUUUCGCUCUUCUUGCCAACAAUCAUCAAGGAGCUAGGGUUCUCCGCCGCAAAAGCUCAACUGCUUUCCGUGCCACCAUACGCAGUCGCAUUCGUACUUACCAUCGGUGUUGCAGUUGCUUCCGAGAAGACUCGCAUCCGUGCACCAUUUAUUAUGGGUUCAUCUGCUCUCGGCUGUAUCGGGUACAUCCUCCUGCUGUCACAGCAUCGCGCUGGUGUAUCUUACCUGGGAACUAUAUUUGCGGCGGCAGGCAUCUACCCGGCUGUCGCCAUUGUACUGUCCUGGCCUGCCAACAAUGUGUCUGGCCAAACGAAACGAUGCAUUGCCAAUGCCCUGCAGAUCUCAAUUGGUAACCUAGGAGCGGUUCUUGGAACACAGCUUUAUCGGACUGAGAGUAGCCCACGAUAUUUCCUAGGCCAUGGUUUCGCGUUAGGCUAUCUCGUAGCAAAUAUUGUCGUUGUCGGAAUCUUAUGGUUGAUUCUUCGGCGAGAAAACGCCGAAAAGGAGCGCGUUAGAGAAGCGCAGGGGCUGACGCCGUUGAUGGGAGAUGUUGGUGAUGCUGAGGGAGACUUCCAGGGGGACAAAGAUCCCCGAUGGGUAUUCCAAACUUGA